UUCCAGAUAGGAAGCCUGAAGCACAGGAAGAUGAAGUAACUUGCAUAAGGCUACUCAGCCCUUACAGGGCAGAGGCAAGAUUCAACCCUAAAGUCAGUGCCGUGCAAGAUGACACUCACCUGAGCUACUGCCACCUGUCAUGGACAGCUCUGACCUAUGUGGUCACACACGCUCCCCUCUGUUACUGUCACCACACUGAGGCCAGGGACUUCUUUAAAACAGAAAUCUGACCGUAUCUCUAAUGCUUAUUAUCUCCAGUACCCUCCUCUGACUUUGAAUAAAAGCCACGGUUCCUGUGCCUCCCACCAGCACCCCCAGCAUCCUCUCACUGCUGUCCACCCCCCUGCCCCCCAUCCCGCCCGGGGCCAUCUGUGUCUUUGAAGCUUCUUAAAUGCACAGUGAACUCGAUGAAAAGCUGCCCUGAUGAUAAGUCUCCUCACCUCUGUACCCUUGGUAGAGUUUGUGCCCUCCUCACCAUUGCUUAAUCUUCAAGUCCUUUGUGACAGUCUCAUCACAUUUAUCAUCUACAUUAUUCAAUUAAUAUCCAUCCAGUAUUUUGACUCUUUUUCUAAAUAAUUUGUGAAUUUUCUACUUCCAAAGUCUUACACACAGUUGCUCACUCAGUAGGUGCUAAUCUAUUGAUAGAAGACAGCCCAUAAUUCACUCUGCCUGCAGUUGAACACAAAGACCUGGAGACUCCCACCGCCUUCAGGGAGAAGAAAGGAGACAGAGAAGCCGAUUAAAAGGAACUUGUGGCUUGUGGCCUCUUUGUGCAGGGCCGCCUGGAAGGAAAGAAAAGUGCAUUAAAGCCAGCGUGGCGGUAAAAGCUGUGAGAUGAGGCACUGCUGCUCCUUCUGCUAACACCGAUUCCAGGAUCCCUCGCUGCCCUUUGUGCUUCAUGUACAUGUGUCUAUUCAGGCCGGCGGGAGGCGCCCAGAAGAGCAUCCACCACGGCUGCCGGGGAAAGACCGCCGACCAUGCCCACGGAGACGCUACAGACAGGUAGCAUGGUGAAGCCGGUCAGCCCCGCGGGCACCUUCACAUCGGCCGUGCCCCUGCGCAUCCUGAACAAAGGGCCAGACUACUUCCGCAGGCAGGCUGAACCCAACCCCAAAAGACUCAGCGCCGUGGAGAGGCUGGAGGCCGACAAGGCCAAAUACGUCAAGAGCCAGGAGGUGAUCAACGCCAAGCAGGAGCCAGUGAAGCCCGCAGUGCUGGCCAAGCCCCCCGUGUGCCCAGGCGCCAAGCGCGCCCUGGGUAGCCCCACACUCAAGGUGUUCGGCAACCAUGCCAAGACCGAGAGUGGUGUGCAGCGGGAGAACCUCAAGCUCGAGAUUCUGAAGAACAUCAUCAAUAGCUCAGAGGGCUCCAGUUCUGGGUCUGGUCACAAGCACGGCUCACGAAACUGGCCUCCACACAGGUCCGAUGCCACCGACCUGCACCGCCACUCCUUCGCCGAGUCCCUGAAGGUGUACCCCACGCCUGGCCGCCGCAGCCCCCAGGAAAGCAGCUCCCACGUGAGCAGGAGGCUGCUGGAUCAGUCAGCUGAUUCCUUCCUCCACGUCUCGCACAGCUCCUCGGACAUCCGAAAAGUGACCAGCGUGAAGACCCUCAAAGCAAUCCCCUGCAGUAGCUCCGCGCCACCGCUGCCUCCCAAGCCCAAGGUCUCCGCCAUGAAGUCUCCGGAAGCCGACCCGGUGGAACCAGCCUGUGGCGUCAGCCGGAGGCCUUCCCUCCAGCGGUCUAAGUCAGACUUGAGUGACAGGUAUUUCCGAGUGGACGCAGAUGUGGAGAGGUUCUUCAACUACUGUGGCCUGGAUCCAGAAGAGCUGGAAAACCUUGGCAUGGAAAAUUUUGCAAGGGCUAAUUCUGACAUCAUAUCCCUCAACUUUCGCAGCGCAAGCAUGAUCAGCUCAGACUGUGAACAGUCUCAGGACAGUAACAGUGACCUUAGAAAUGAUGACAGUGCCAAUGACCGGGUGCCAUAUGGCAUUUCUGCCAUUGAAAGAAAUGCUAGGAUCAUCAAGUGGUUAUAUAGCAUCAAACAAGCUAGAGAGUCACAGAAGGUGUCCCAUGUGUAAGAGACACAGUGCGUGCAAAGGAGGGAGGGGCGGGUCUGUCUGUGCAUAUGCAGUUGUAAAGGUUGUGAGGUCUCCUUGAAGUAUUGUGAGCUGCUCCACUCUUUGUGUUGCUUGUUGUGCACUGUUUUCAAGUUGCAUGCCUGUCAACAUGGCGACUGGCCUGGGUUCCUCAUCACCACCACUGCAGAGCCGGGCUGAACACUCAUCUGCCACCUUUCAGGCCAGAAUUAAUUAGGGCUUUGCUCUUAAGCAGAACUGUUUACACAGAAAAUGAUAUACGAUUUCUUCAAUAUUUAUGUGGUUCUUGUGUUUUUAUAUCCCAUGCUAUUGUGUCUUAAUUAAAAGUUUUGUCAACUGGCCUUUAAGUUGAGAGCAGAAUCUUUUUGAAAUAAAACCGGUUUGCCUACUUGUGAGACCAUAACAGUGGGGAAGGGGGGAUCCGCCACCAGAUAGUGACUGACCAAGUGUAGAACCUAUCUGGAUUUUCUGUGGGAUAAAGGGGUGAGGCUAAUGUUAGUUGUUGACAUGUUGAAAUUUCUCUUGCCAUUAAUGGAGCAAUCAUUGGGGCAACAACACUGCACUUUGUGUCCAGUACUGUUGAUGGUUCUGUGUAAUGCUGAUUCCAAGGAAAGACAAUCAGAUACAACUGAGGCUGAUUAAAUCUAGGAGUCUAGAUAUUUGGGGGUUGUGUUGAUGUUCAGAUCAGGAUAAUUGAAAAAUUUCUACUAGUAUUAAUCUUUGGGCAGAAGUGGACACCCAAAAGCUGAAACUGAAUACCUUUUUAUUUUUCUUUGAAAAAUGUUUCAUGUUGUGUGUUUGUUUGUUUGUUUGUUUGUUUUUGUCCUUCUGGUUUUAUUGUUUUGGUUUUGGUCAAGAACUACUAAUCAUGCUGUUUCUCUUUCUUUGUUGUGGUUUUAUUUGGGGGAGGCAGUGGGGCCUAACGUACGUUUCAGCUGUGUGAAGACAUGAACAAAAACAAAUACUGGCCAUAUCAGCCCAGAGCUAGCUAUUCAAAAGGGAGGGAUACGUUUGGUACCUGAAUCAUCGAAGCGGUGUGAUUCUGUUGACCUGCAUGUUAUUCUCUUAAGCUGUGGCUCUUUGUUACACUUCUAGGAACUGUAAAACACCACACUCUGCAGCUCUUGUACCCUCUGGUGGCUAGCCCUGCCUAUCACCUUGUCUUCUUUUUGCCCAGUAACUUGUUCUCCAGGUGGUUUCCGUAGCUCCCAGUGAGCUGAGGGUGCCAUGCAGUGGUCUGAUUCCUUGCUCUUGUCAUGCUCAGAAGUUCUCUGUAGCACCACAGUGGACUUUGUCAACUAAUUGGGAACUUUUUAUGGUGUAAAUGCUGUAAGACUUUGUACAUACUUCAGUUGUUAUUAAAUCUUUAAGAAAAAAAGAAACAAUUAUGCUAAUAAAUAGCUCUGAAGCUGGCACUA